GCAGGAAGAAGCAGCACCGAUGGAUGAACCAAAUAAACCAAGACACGGAUCAAUGGACAAGGACAUGGCGGAGCUCGUGAUCCCAUCGCUCCCGCUGGAGACACGGUGCCCGCCGUUUCCCCUCAGGCAGUACGGCGGCUUCUGGAUGCCGGAGCCGUUUCUUCCGGGCAUGGCGGCCGCACGCGCGGGGUUCGAGCCGAGGCCGUCCGAUGUCCUCCUCGCCAGCUUCCCAAAGUCCGGCACCACCUGGCUCAAGGCCCUCGCCUUCGCGACGGUCCACCGCGCCGACCACCCGCCGCGCAGCCUCGACCAUCCGCUCCGCCGCCGCAACCCGCACGACUGCGUCGACUUCCUCGAGUCGGUUUUCUUGCGCCCGCCGGCGGAGGAUGCGUUGGCGGCACUCCCUUCGCCGCGCGUGAUCGCCACCCACAUGCCCUGCUCCCUCCUGCCGGAGCGGGUCACAGCAGACGACGCGGGCUGCAAGGUCGUCUACAUCUGCCGCGACCCCAAGGACGCCCUCAUCUCCAUGUGGCUCUUCACCAAGAAGACCCUGGCGGCGGCCGCCAUGGAUGACGGCAACCCGCCGAAGCAAUACACGCUGGAGGAGGCGCUGGAGCUCUUCUGCGACGGCCGGUGCGUGGGCGGCCCGCAGUGGCACCACGUCGUCGGCUACUGGGAGGCGAGUCGGACGCGGCCCGAGAAGGUGCUCUUCCUCCGGUAUGAAGACAUGCUUCGUGACCCGGUGGGCAACGUGAGGAAGCUGGCGGAGUUCACCGGACGCGCCUUCUCGGAGAAGGAGGAAGCUGCUGGGGUUGCGGAGGAGAUCGUGGAGCUGUGCAGCAUCGACGCUCUCAAGAACAUGGAGGUGAACAAGAAUGGCAGGCAAGAGUACGUCAACAAUGAGUCUUUCUUCAGGAAGGGCGUGGCUGGGGACUGGGAAAACCACAUGACUCCGGCCAUGGCAGCACGUCUGGACAAGAUUGUCGAGGACGCCCUGCGAGGCUCGGGGUUCGCUUUCGGGGACACAUCCGAGUCUACGUGAGCUACCCACCGCCCACCGGCGGCUAGGGUUGGUCUACAUAUAUCGUUUGUGUUUAUUUUCUAUCUUAUUAAAAGAAAUACGAUGUACUUAGUAAUAUAUGUACUCUUAAAUUUGGAAUAAACUCCUGUGUAUAUGUAUGUUCCAUGUCAAAGACAUUAAUU